CUUCCUGCCUGUACUUUGAAACGAACCGGAUGAGCGGUUUACGCAGAGUCGUAUAUGUGACAGGAACGACGACGUCAGGCAGCUCAGACCGUGUCGGCUGAAUCCAGAGCGACCGUCCGAGAGAUAACGCGACUGUGUGAAGGUUUCCCAGACAUCGCUGUCCCAUCCUGUGUGUGGGAUGUCUUCUGAGCUGCUGGUAGAUGUGGGUGACGACGCUGCAACUGCACAGUUAGGACAGCUGAAGCUCUCCACCCUAGAGGACCAGCAGUGGCCACCUGAUGAGUCCUCACUUAGCAAAUCAGAGACGGAGAAUUCCCAGGGCUUCGACCCCGGCUCUCCCCACCUGCCCUGGGACCAUCCGUUCUACGACAUAGCCAGGCAUCAGAUCAUUGAGGUUGCAGGCGAUGACAACUUUGGCAGGAAGGUGAUAGUGUUCAGCGCCUGCAGGUUGCCGCCGCAGCAUCAGCUCGACCAUCAGAAGCUGCUGAUGUACCUUAAAGCCACUCUGGAUCAGUACGUAGAGAGCGACUACACACUGAUCUACUUCCAUCAUGGGCUGACCAGUGAAAACAAGCCUUCAUUCGGCUGGCUUCGAGAAGCAUACAAGGAGUUCGACCGGAAGUAUAAGAAGAACAUCAAGGCUCUGUACAUCGUCCAUCCCACCAUGUUCAUCAAGACUCUGCUGAUCCUCUUCAAACCAAUCAUCAGUUUUAAGUUUGGCAGGAAGAUUAACUACGUGAGCUACCUGAGUGAGCUGGAGGACGUGGUCAAGUGUGACCAGCUGGUCAUCCCAACCCGUGUCAGAGAGUAUGACAACAAACUGAGAGCAUCUCUGAAGCCCAGCUCGCUGCCCUCCAUGUCUCCUCCUCAUAGCCCCCCACUGCCCGAGCAGCUGUUUGGAGUUUCACUAGUCAUGCUGAGACAGAAGGAUCCAGAUAAUCAUCUAGUUCCUGUAGUGAUGAGAGACACGAUUAGCUUCCUGUCAGAACAAGGUUUGGAUAUUGAGGGGAUCUUCAGGCGGUCCGCCAAUGUGACUCUGGUGAAGGAGGUCCAACUCAAGUACAACUCUGGAGCCACAGUGAACUUCAGAGACAUGGAGGACGUUCACCUGGCCGCUGUCAUACUAAAGACGUUUCUUCGAGAGCUUCCUGAGCCUCUGCUGACCUACCAGCUCUACAAUGACAUUGUCAAUUUCACAUCUGUAUCCAGUGAUAAUCAGGCAGAAGUAAUGAAAACUUUGGUGGAGUCUCUUCCAGAGGAGAACUACUCCUCACUGCGGUACCUCAUCACAUUCCUGGCUCGGGUGUCAGCCAACAGUGAAGUGAAUAAGAUGACCAACAGCAACCUGGCUGUGGUGUUUGGCCCAAACCUGCUGUGGGGGCGGGACAAUGCCAUGUCGCUCAGUGCUAUUGGGCCAAUCAACAACUUCACCAGAACCCUGCUGGACCAGCAGCAUCUGGUUUUCACCUAAUUCCCUCUCCCCCUUCUUCUUCUUCUUGAGGUCUUCCAUGCAGCCUGUGUUGCCAUGGAGACCUCCCUUCUCUGCAGCAUUUAAACAUGAGCGCCACCAAUUAGGAAGGACCUCCUGUACCAACACCACAAACCGUGGACCAAUCGCAUGUUGUUUCUUCUCUCCGACUCGUCCACUAGCAUUGUCCUGUUGAUUACUCCGCCUGUAGGCUGCAUUCCUGUGUCCAUGUGAGUCAGGCAUGAAUGAGUGAGACUGCAAAGAAUUAUCUUGGUAACAAAAAUAUGGAACAAAAACCAUGCAUUUAUUUGCUCUCUAAGGUAAUGUCCCGUUUCUUGCUCCCCUUUCUUGAUUGGUGCCAAAAAAAAACUGCCUCACAAGGAUGACCAAAUGUCCUGUAGGAGAGUGAUUUCUUAGCUGAAGUCAGGAGAGACCAUCAGAACGGAGGUGGAAGUUUGUGCGUCCGCGACGGACUCAGGUUUACCUAAAUAAUUGUGAACUUGGUACUGAAAUUGUGUCGACAAUCUUCGGAGUGCUGUGGUCAAAGGAAGCCGUCGGGUGGCUUCGGUGUCAUUUCUUGCAGAUACCAAACCCGGCUGCUGGAGUAGAGUGUGGACUAGACCAAAAACAUUUAACUAAUUCUACCCUUGGAUUCCUAGACCUUCUUCCCAGCCUGACAUCAUGUCGUUUUGUGGCUCGGUGACCGCUUCAGUCAGCAGUAUUAGGUGGUGGAGAAACUUCCUGUUUCCUAGUGGGACGCAAAUUUAUUAUCGUCUUCAUGUACUAGAGAUGUUUUGUUUCCAUAGCAAUACACCAGUUAGUCCCACGUUACUGUCAUAUUUCCUUAUACAGUUGGCUUAAGUGAUCUUUUUUGGUUGGUAAUGCUGUCUUGGUUUUUAUAGUCUUCCAGCGCCAAGUUGGUAAACUUCAGGUUGUGAGUAGGGAAAGUACAGCUCACCCUCAUCGCCCCCUAAAGACCAGACAUGAUUGGAUGGUGUCGACCUUUUUUUUCUUUAGACUUUUAUUACUAAUAGAAGCACGUUUUUUUUGUUGUUUUUUUUUAGGUACAUGACAGUAACUGCUUCUCAUUCCAGCUGCCACAGAGGAUCACCUUCAGUCCUACUGUAAGCAAUACUUUCUACACGUUUUUCUUCAUGUAGCAUAUUCAGCACGUUAAUUACAUGAUGCUGUACGGAUGUACGUUGUUAGUGUUUUUAUUCCAUGUGUUUGGGUUGCCUUAUAACUCGUUUCAUGCUGUGCCACCAAUGGAGUUCAUCCAAGUUGUACAAUGUUUCUUUUGUUGUUUUUGUUUUUUAACUAAGUGCAUACGGUUUUAAAUCUCCACAUAUGCCUUAGUGGAUUGUCCUCUUCCUUCAAAACAGCGGCUCCUUGCCUGCAGUUGAGCGUUGAGAUCCAGAAUCCUGGCUGGUCUUUUUAAAAUUAUUAUUAUUUUUUGGCCUACCAUGUUUGACCUGAUUAAAUUUCCACCAAAACACAAUUUUCUUCAUAACUUUACCAUCUAGUUUCAAGCCUAUACUGUCUUUCAAGUUGGGUCCAGGGUAGUACCCCCUCUCUCCUUUGGGCUUCUGUUCACCAUAUCCGUAACUUCAAUUUAAAUUUUGGUCUUCUGACUAUUUGCAGAUUAGCUUUUAUUAGAGCAAAAUCAAGCACUUCCACUCAUGGUUUAAAUGUUGUGGGACGUAUCAGGGCUGUUAAAAGACUUAAUAUUUCUUAACACUUAAGCGGUGUGAAGCAGAAGCGCCUGCAAUACCUGCCAACAUGUUGCUCCAUUUUUUUAUUUUUUUUAUUAUUAUUUAUGACCUGAGGCUUUAUUGUUUUACAUUGUGUUGGACUCUGAAGCUUUUAUUAUCCGUUUAUUAUGCAGCUCAUCCAAAGUAUUCAGUGUCAAAGUGAAAUCUUCAUACAUUCUAACCAACAGUCCGUACAGAACCGAUCGCCCGUCAUGAAUAUGUCACCAAAAUAAUCUGCAACCUUUGAAUAUUUGUGAUGUGACGUUGCUAUGUUACCUAAAAUGUUUGAAAAACACCAAAAGAUGGGAAAUGUUCUGCUCGACUGGAGCUAAAAGAAAAAGCAGCAGCCGUUCCACCGGUGCCAUGGUGACCGACAUGCUCAUGUUGUGGAGUGUGUGUGUGUGACUGUGUGUAGAAAUCAUAAAUUCAAUGGAUUUGUUAGGUGUGUGUAAUCAGGUGACCACGUUGUAACUCCAGCAUGGUGAUUUUUAGAUUUGUUCUUAUUUGAUCUGUGAUGUGAAACGUCUUUUAAAAGUGCUGUGUUCCUCAAAAGUCCACACACCCUGGCUAAAGUUUCAUUCUUCAUCUGUUUUAUGUCCUUAUUGCCCUUUUGACUGAUUUCUAAACAGAAGUAAAGUCUCAUGAAAGGUGGAGAAAUCAUUUAUACCGGUCUCUGAAUUUCACCAGGGUGUAUAGACUUUUGAAAACCACAAAAAAUUACUACAAAACAAGAAGAAAACCAAGUCGGAACAAGUUGUUUUAUUUUUAUUUUUUAAUAGAAUUUAUUAAAAUAAAUUCUGUUUGUGUGCUUGUGCCUUAUUUGUGUUUUGCCAAGUGAUUUUCCUCUUUACCCAUCUUAAGUGACAGUGCGGCCAUAGAUUAAAAUGACCAGAGCUGCAUUCAGCAGAGCCUAUGGUUUCCAUGGAGAUGUGAGCAGCGAAAAGCUCUGGUCUGAACUCGUGUUUGUUGAACACAGCUUGGCUGUAAAAAAAAAAAUUAAAAAAGAUUUCAGAAUGGAGAACUUCCUUUACGUACAGAAACUGCAGCUGCUGAGGGGUACGCACUACGUUUUGAUGGAAGCUGUACCAUGUAGAGGUUCAAGGCCAUCAUGUUUACGUUUCUAUAAUAAGGAUUGAAGAGAAUUAAUUAUUCAUCAGAAAUGUCUGAAAAAUAGAUGCUGUUCUGUUCAGUGGGGAUUUCAUGAAGGUAGCUUUUGCGUGCAUGGAUUCUCCGUACCGCUCUUCCUCCUCGAUUCUGUGAUCGGUUGCAGACCCAUUCAUCUCUGGAUCUUUGUACUGUAAUUGUAUUUGACAGUAAACGUCACAGCUGUGGGAGGAGGUGUAGGUUUGAACUUUGACCUCCAGGCGAACUUGUUGAUAACUCUGUGAUUCUAUUUUCUUAACUGUGGUUUUCCAUCCUUUUACUUUUGAUAUAUAGCACUGUGGAUCUUUACAGUGCUAUAUACUUAUAAUAUAUGAUGUAUAAUAUGAUGUUGUAUGAUCCAUGUAUGUAAACAACCAAUAAACGAAUGGUGAAAAGAAA